CCCUACCCCGCGGCGGCCGGGCGCUUCGGUGCGGGCGCGGCGGGCGCGUUCGGCGCCGGGGGCGGCGCGGCGGGCGCCGUGCUGGGCAUCGACAACGUGUGCGAGCUGGCGGCGCGGCUGCUCUUCAGCACCGUGGAGUGGGCGCGCCACGCGCCCUUCUUCCCCGAGCUGCCCGUGGCCGACCAGGUGGCGCUGCUGCGCCUCAGCUGGAGCGAGCUCUUCGUGCUGAACGCGGCGCAGGCUGCGCUGCCCCUGCACACGGCGCCGCUGCUGGCCGCCGCCGGUCUGCACGCCGCGCCCAUGGCCGCCGAGCGCGCCGUGGCCUUCAUGGACCAGGUGCGCGCCUUCCAGGAGCAGGUGGACAAGCUGGGCCGCCUGCAGGUCGACUCGGCCGAGUACGGCUGCCUCAAGGCCAUCGCGCUCUUCACGCCCGAUGCCUGCGGCCUCUCGGACCCAGCACACGUGGAAAGCCUGCAGGAGAAGGCGCAGGUGGCCCUCACCGAGUACGUGCGGGCCCAGUACCCGUCCCAGCCGCAGCGUUUUGGGCGUCUGCUGCUGCGGCUCCCCGCCCUGCGUGCUGUCCCUGCCUCCCUCAUCUCCCAGUUGUUUUUCAUGCGCCUGGUGGGCAAGACGCCCAUCGAGACGCUGAUCCGAGACAUGCUGCUGUCAGGAAGUACCUUCAACUGGCCUUAUGGCUCAGGCCAGUGACUUCACGGGGCCCGGUGCGCUGUGGCUGGGUCUGCAGACCUCAAGGGAUACGGAUGCUUCGGCCUCGGGCGGGGCCCCCCAGCGGAGGACCCUGGCUUCUCUUCUCAGACUCCUAUUUUUUAAAGACUGUGAAAUGUUUGUCUUCUCUGUUUUUUAAAUGAUCAUGAAACCAAAAAGAGAGUGCUUGUCCAGGCGCCAGCCCCGGCCUCCUCAGAACUCCUGGCCAAAAUAAGAAGGGGAGGGACUGAGGGCUCCCCUCCUGGGACAGCCUGUAGCUCAGUGCCCCAAGCACGAACUUUUGGGACGGUGGGGGUUGGCUUCCCUGGUGUGAUGGACAAAGGCCUGGUGGCUGGACUAGCUGGGCGGCCGCAGCCGGGCAGGGGUAGUAUCUAUCAGGCAGACCCUCUGGACACGUAAUCCACGUUGGACACUACAUGAUGAAUGAAUCAAGGCCAAUAAUAAAGCUAUUUCCUAACUGCA